UACAACAAUAAAUGAUCUCAUAUGCAAGAUCGUUUAAUUCGUUCAAUUUAGGUUCUUGUAUAUGCUAAUGUCAAUUAAACUCAGCAUUUCGUCGCAUGAUGCAGCACUAGUCCGGGAACAACCAGAGCCAUACGCGUGAGCACUUUCAUUUCUCCUCUUAUUGUACGUUGUCUAUGGUAUGUUAAGUACGCAUUUUUUAUUUCUGAGUGAAACGGACGCGCAUGCCUGAAAAUAUGGAACUCUGCUUCCGGCAAGAACAGUAAGUGGAGAGUAGAAGCCUGGGAGCGUAUUGUUUGGUUAUUAUAAAAUGACAGCCAUUACAAUCUCGCCGGCUGCACAAGGAAUUAUUCAAGUUGUAAAUGAAAGCAAUUUGUGUAAAAUCGAAGGCUUCCUCAAUGACACAGCAUAUAGGGAAGCCAUUGAAAAUUCCUCAAAUUAUAAUAGCCGACUAUGCAGAGAACGACGUUUACGUAUGCCCUUCCUCGAUUCUCAAACAGGUGUAGCACAGAAUCACUCUGCGCUGUUUAUGUCUUCAAGAGAAAGACUACCUGGUUUGUUACAUGGUCAGAUAUAUACAUAUCCUAGUAAACGAUGGAGGAAAAAACGGCGACAAUAUUUGAUGCAUUAUUUACAUCCAAAAAGAGGACCAAGAGGUGACACUGAAGAUGGUAAUGAAGGUGUAGAAACUGUAACACAUGUAAAUGAUGAUAGCAAAGAUUCAGUGGCCCUUAAAGAUGAACAUAGUAAAGAUGCAUGGUACUAUGACGAGCAAGACAUGUUGGAUAUGGACACAUAUGAAGAACCUGAUGCUGAAAGUGAUUACGAUUAUGAGGAAAGUUAUAGUAGUAAAAGGAAACGAAGAAAACCACGUGGAGGUGGCCAUCAUCCUGCACGAAAUCACCCAUCUUCUACAGAUAGUCCUGGGGGCAAACGUACUAAGGGUGGGGGACGCGGGCGCAAAAAAUCCAACUAUGAUGCCGUUGACACUGAUAAGCCAUUCGUUUGUGACCUAUGCAGCGCACGGUAUAAAACCAGACCUGGUCUGGUCUACCAUUACGGUCAUUCCCACUCUACUUCCUCCGGUGAUCCUGCUAAGGAACUAAGUCCCAGUCCUGCCGAAGUUGAACCUAGGAGCGUUGCAGACACCGCUGCUUCGAACCAGCCAGGUGGUACACGUCGGGGUCGUCAGAAUGCAACUUCGUCGAGUACUUCGAGUCCCUCUCCCGCAGCGCCGUCCGCGUCCGCUGCGGGAGCAUCGGCGCAGCCACAACCGCAGUCUCAGCCGGCCCAGCCUCAGCCGCAACAGUCGCAGCAACAACCACAGCAACCGUCUCAGCAACAGCAGCCACCUCAGCAGCAGCAACAAUUGCCCGCGGUACCGCCAACGGCAGCGCCAGCAUCGCCUACGAUACCAGCCGUGAAGGAAGAACAUCUGCCGGCGGUGCCGUCGCCAGGUACAGCUGUCCCCUCGCCAUCCUCGGUGAGGACGGAAGGCCCGCCGACCCCAGGGACGAACGAAAAAAAAGCUGGCAAGUCCGCGCAACCGUCCCCAUACUGCGACUUCUGUCUGGGCGAUGCUAGGGAAAAUAAAAAGACCGGCGGCUCCGAAGAGUUGGUCUCUUGCAGUGAUUGCGGUCGCUCAGGGCAUCCGACUUGUUUGCAAUUCACAGCGAACAUGAUCGUUUCUGUUCGCAAGUACAGGUGGCAGUGUAUCGAAUGCAAAUGCUGUUCCAUUUGUGGUACUUCUGACAACGAUGAUCAACUGCUGUUCUGUGACGACUGUGAUCGUGGAUACCAUAUGUAUUGUCUGUCUCCACCUCUUGCGUCUCCUCCCGAGGGCUCCUGGUCUUGCCGUCUGUGCAUAGCAGAGUUUCAUCGCCGUGAUUAAGAAUCUUUUUUCUCGUAAAUAAGUGACGGAUUUUAUCUAUUUGCUGUGGUGCAGUGGCCGUUCUCGAAUUAGGAGAGUAUUCUAUAAGCUCACUCUUCUUUCUAGUAUUACGAUAAACGCAAAUGUACUUUCAAGUGAACUCUUCUUUCCUUUGUAAGAGGGACUAUUAAUUAACAACGUUGGCAGCAUUAACUAUUCCGCCUUUUGUUUUUCUUUUCGAUUUAAGUUUCUAUUGAAUAAGAUGAAAUAUCGCAAAGUAUACGUAAUGUAUGUUAUAUUAUCUCAGGCACUGGUGAUCUCAGAAAAUGAAAAGUAUCAUAAUUAUGUAUUUAUAUUCUCUAACGAACUAGCGUUUAUCAGUAGAUGUACGAAGGUAUAAGGUCGAAGGGCUGUCUUAAGGUUUCUAUUGAGAACAGAUGAAUACCUGCUUUAAGUUUGCCAUUAAAGUCAAUGCGUUUAAUGGGCAUAACCUUAAUGGUCAAGGACUUCGGCAUCAGAUUGUCGUUAAAUGUCGUUGCGUUUUUCAUUGAAAUAAGUUGGUUAGACAAUUGCGAACACCGAUAAAUACUCUCCUAGUUCUCGUGGCCAAUAUAUUUUUAGCCAUUGACAUUCGAAGUUCGGUUGCUUUUAGGAUUUCAAAAAUCUGCUUACACUUUAAACAACUUUUGGAGAUCUCAAGUUUUCAUAAUAUCUUUAGCUCCUUGCUAUUAACCUGGUUCAAUCCAAGGUGAAUGAAAGAAGCAAACGUAAGGAAAAAAAGAUUGAUAUUCUAGGAAGAACAUGAUAUUAAUAGCAUCUGUUUCAUAAAUAGUGAUAAAUAGAAUGCUAUCUGUUUAUCUGUAUGUAUCAUGAUAUUAAAGCUUUUACACUUAAUGACACAGCCAUUAGUAGCAGUAUAGCUAUGACAUACAAACUCACAGUACAGCAGAAAAUUAUAUUCUAUAUGCCCUUUAUUGUUAGCUCAGUAUUUUUAUAUUUUAUAUAUUGAAUGUACUUAAUUUAAGAUACCAUGGUGAUAUUUGGUACUCAUUGUUGUAACUCUUCGUUUCUUUUUUAUUCGAGUAAUUUUAAGGUCGCUUAACGACAUGGAAUUGUGUGUAUUAAAUGUCAUGAAAAUGAGUCUAUAAAGAUUUUUGAGUUUGAACCAGUCAAUGGUGAAUUUACAUUUUAUAUUGCUUAUUUUUAACAAACUGUAUGCAAAUUUCAAUAAACAUUAGUAUACAACUGAA